GGGCGUCGCUUUUGUGCGGCAGGUGUCGCGGCUUUCCCGGACCUCAGAUGGAGGGGCCGGGGCUGAGAUCCCUGGCGCGGGCCGGGCGGAAACGCUGCCUUGGGGCUAGGGUCCGCCGGGCGGAAGCGCUGCUUUGGAACCGGGCGGGAGAUCAGAACCGGCCGGGCUGGUCUGGGUCUUCUUCCCUCAGGCUCAGGGUGCUGUUCUCUGCGUUCCUUCCUGGGUUCCUAAUCCCGAGCAGAAUUCCCCGUCUGGGCUCUGCUAGCCAGCCAUGCAGCGGAGAUCAAGAGGAAUCAACGUUGGGCUCCUCAUGCUGCUCUCUCAAGUGUUCCAUGUUGGGAUCAACAACAUUCCUCCUGUCACCCUGGCAACCUUGGCUCUCAACGUCUGGCUCUUCCUGAAUCCUCUGAAGCCCCUGCACUAUUCCUGCAUCAGCGUGGAGAAGUGUUACCAGCAAAAAGACUGGCAGCGUUUGCUGCUGUCUCCCCUGCACCAUGCAGAUGACUGGCAUUUGUAUUUCAACAUGGUGUCCAUGCUCUGGAAAGGAAUAAAGCUGGAGAGAAGACUGGGAAGCAGAUGGUUUGGCUACAUCAUCACCACCUUCUCCCUACUCACGGGGGUGGUGUAUUUGCUCUUGCAGUUCACUCUUGCCGAAUUCAUGAAUGAGCCCGACUUCAGAAGGAACUGUGCUGUCGGCUUCUCAGGAGUUUUGUUUGCCUUGAAAGUUCUUAGCAAUCAUUACUGCCCUGGAGGCUUUGUCAACAUUAUGGGUUUUCCUGUCCCAAACAGAUUCGCUUGUUGGGCAGAGCUGAUAGCCAUUCACUUCUGCACCCCAGGGACGUCCUUCGCUGGGCACCUGGCCGGCAUCCUUGUGGGACUGAUGUACACUCAGGGGCCUCUGAAGAAAAUCAUGGAGACUUGUGCAGGUGUUUUUUCACCCAAUGUUGGGUACCCAGGACAGCAGUACUACUUUAAUAGUGCAGACCCCUCUGGAUAUCAGAAUCACUACCCAGAUGGCAGAGCAGGGGCCUAUGAAGAAACUCACAGGAACUAUGACGCCUACACGGCAGGACUGAGUGAGGAGGAGCAGCUGGAAAGAGCUUUGCGUGCCAGCCUCUGGGACCGAGCUAACUCGGUGCAUGCUAUAACCUUUUGCCCUGGGGUUUGCCAAUUCCUCGCAUCUGCUUCUGUGCAUCUACUUCCAUCAAGAAAUGAUACAAACAUCACCACUGAUGGCCUCAAUAAGGUAUUUCAGAAGGCUCUGAAAUUCCCCAUCUCUAAGAAGGUCUGGAUAAGAAUCAGUUCUCUUGUGCCUUCUUUCUGAUGCUGUUGGGAAAGGAACAGAACGAGUUGCUGCCAAAGAGCCAGUCUAGACGGAACCGGAUCUGAGUAUGGUCACACUGUUGGUGACGAGUAACGUAGGUGAGAUGUCGAAGCAGCCUGAUACCUGAAGGGGAGGAGAUGACCAGAUGACUGGUACACAUGUAAACACAUGUAAAUUCCCACCUCUGCCUGCAAGUGGAACCAAAAUACAGCAACCAAGCACAAGUAACUAAGUUGGACUUCAUUGAAAUUAAGAAGCUUGGCGCCAUAAUGGACAGCAUCAGAAGGUGAAAAGAUGAUUUGUAAGUCAUGUCUGAUGAGGGAACUUGCUUGCUUAUAUAAAGAGCUCUGCAGACCCAGAAGUGACUGAGAACAUGAUUAAAGAUGGACAUGUGAUCUGAACAGAUGCUUCUCCAAAGACACCCAAUACUCUACCAACAAGUACACACACUUUACAACCUUACUGCAAUAACUUUUAAAAAUCCUAAAUCUUAGCAAUAAUGUAGAGAAAUCAGCAACCUCAUGCCAUGAUGUUGAAACUAUAAAAUGGUAGCAUGACUUUUGACAACAGCCUGGUACUUACUUGAGUGAAAAAAAAAAUAGUUUAACUUUGACAUACCAAACAGGAGUUUCCAUAAAAAAGAAAAAUGUAGCUUAUGUAAAAAUCUAUGUGUGGAAAUUCAUUGUAAUAAUCAAGUAGAAAUAACUUUAAUCAGGUAUGAUCAGACAAAGGGCAUGUAUUUCAUCUGUUCCGUGGAAUAACAUUUGGCCAUGAAGAUAGUGAGACACUAAUAAAAUGCUCUAACACAGAUGAACCCAAAAGCAUGCUAAGUGAAAGAAGCCAAUCAUAGAGAUCCUCAUUGUAUGAGGGUACUAGUUCUCCACUUUGUUGCUAUUAUUUAUUUAUUUAUUUCUCCACGUUUUUAGAUUGUCACAUUCAUCCUAGUGGUUGUGAAGUGCUGUGACCCUGUGGUGUGAUCUGUACACCCUUGAGGAUGGUGACACAGUAUCUUCCAUGUCAGUGGACUGGCCAAUUGUUCUUCUUAUGAUUUGUUUGAGUGUUGUUGUUGUUCAUUUGUUUUGUUAUUUACUCUACAACCAGUCUGCUAGUGUGCAGUGACACCUUACAGUGAUUUUCAUGCAACUGUACUAAAUAAUAAUGAAGCUGUACAUCUUUUCUUGUGUCUGUAAGUUUGUCGCGUCUGUCGCUUUGGUAUUAAUUCAGUUCCAACCCACUCGACAGGUGAAAGAACUACUCACUCUGUAGGUAGUAGGCUUACAUGUCACUGGAGAUGCCAGUGGAUUCUGUUGCCUUGUAUGGGAUUGUCAUCCAUGGAAAGGAUUAAGUAGUUCAGCUACAUUUUCUUUGUAUGUGUUAUGCUGUUUUUAUUUUUCUGGUGCUAGAGAGGAUUACACAUGGGGCCCUGAGCAUGCUAGACAAUGAGAUGCACCCUGGCCCUUGCUUGUUAUUGUUUUAAUAAAGUACCUCACUAUAUAGUGCAGGCUAGCCUUGAGCUUUCUGUCUUCCCACCUUUACCACCGAGGUGCUAGGAAAUCAGGUGUGUGCCACCAUGCCAGAUUGUGUUCAAUUAUUUCCAUGCUCUAAAAGUUUGGCCAGAUUGAUUCUUUUUGUUGUUGUUGUUGUUGUUUUAGUUGUUUUUAUUGAGCUAUACAUUUUUCUCCAUUCCCCCUUUUUCCUUCUCCCGAUCUACCCUCUUCCGUGACCCCAACGCUCCCGAUUUACUCAGGAAAUCUUGUCUUUUUCACCUUCCCAUGUAGAUCUAUGCAUGUCUCUCGUUGGGUCCUCUUUGUUGUCUAGUUUCUCUGGGGUUGUGGCCUGUAGGCUGGAUUUUCUUUGCUUUAUGUCUAAAAGCCACUUAUGAGUGAGUACAUACUAUAUUUGUCUUUCUGGGUCUGGGCUACCUCAUUCGACAUGUGCUCAACUGUGUUCACAGCAGAAUUAUUUGUAACAGCCAGAAUGUGGAAACAACCUAGAUGCCCCUCAACUGAAGAGAAUAGAUAAGGAAAAUAUGGUGCAUUUUCACAGUGGAGUACUACACAGCAGUGAAAAAGAAUGACAGCUUGAAAUUUGCAGGCAAAUGGAUGAACCUGGGAAAAACAGAUUCAUUCUUAAGUUAUUCUUCAGGGAUUUUCUUUUUAGAAAGAAUUAAGAAUUAUCAACUUUUUAUUAGUUGACCAAUUCUGUAAGCUAAGUUUAUAGGA